CUCCUUCGUGACCGCAGUAGCUAUGCCGGUAGCACAAGGUGGUGACUAGACGGGGAAGAAGGAUUUUCCUCCGUUGGAUGCCGCGCACGCCUGAGAUGAGAUGAAGCCGAAGUCAUGGUUUCUGAAGUCAGAGGAUCCUCAUCUUCGCCCCAUUCCGAAGCAAAGCUUCGAUCACCCCAUCCGGCAAUUCCCCGCUUCCUGAUCUCCCAAUCAAGCCCUGAAUCGGCCAAAUUUACUCUCGAUCCCACCCCAAUUCAACCCGCCACAGUCUCUGAUCCUGCUCCUGCACUUGCAUCCAAAGCCCGGUUCCCGUUGGAAGACCUGUGACCCCUGCGGUCUGGGCGGAAGGCUGAAGGCUCGGCUGCCCUCGGAGCGGUCGCCAUGGCCGUGGAGGUGGGCGGCCGGCGCGGGGCUGCGGCGCGGAGGAAGGCGAAGGAGGCGGCGGUGGGCGCCGCCGCGAGGCUGCUCUUCUACCCGACGCUGCUGUACAACGUGGUGCGGAGCAAGGUCCAGGCCGAGUUCCGGUGGUGGGAUGAGGUCGAUCAGUUCAUUUUGCUUGGAGCUGUUCCAUUCCGCAGGGACGUUCCACGCUUGCUGAAGCUUGGGGUGCAUGGUGUGAUAACCCUAAAUGAACCAUUUGAGACUUUAGUGCCGUCAUCAUUGUAUAAGUCACAUGGGAUUGAUCACCUUGUUAUUCCUACAAGAGAUUAUAUGUUUGCUCCUUCACUUAUGGAUAUUAAUCAAGCUGUUGAUUUCAUUCAUAGAAAUGCAUCUUGUGGGAGGAUAACAUAUAUUCACUGCAAAGCUGGAAGGGGGAGGAGUACAACAAUUGUCUUGUGCUAUCUGGUAAAGUACAAGAAUAUGACACCUGCAGCAGCUUUCGAGUAUGUGCGAUCGAAAAGGGCUCGAGUGCUGUUGACCCCUUCUCAAUGGAAGGUGGUUCAAGAAUUCAGCAAGAAGAAUGCGGAGCUUCCUGCUGUCACAAGCGAUUCCGCAACAGCAUCUCCAGCAAGGAAUGCCGUACCAUUAACAGAAGCAAAUUUGGUUGGCAAUGAUGCAACGGAGGUUAUUACAGAGGACGCCAGCUUGUCUUGCCACAAGACUACCCCAUCAAGGCCAAUGAUUAAGAUGCUGUCAUGUUUGUUUCCUUCUCAUUAAGGGAUCUGAUGAGUCCUCGCUUACUGGACGCCGAGUGUUCGAGGUCCGUGCAUAUUAGCCCAAUACCAGUUUGUCUCUGAAGUGAUGUGCCGAUCUGUAAGGAAGGCAGUCGUGUUGGCAUAAUGUAUUCGAAAUGCAAAUAAUUGCCGAUAUUCAUCCAAUUUGCCUCUAUACAUACCUUUAUCGUGUCUA